GGUGCGGCGGCGGCGGGCCGGGGCGGUGGGGAGAUGAGCGGGCCGGGGCGGGCCGGCAGCCAUGGAGAUCCGGUGCGGGGGGCUGCUCUUCAGCUCCCGCUUCGACUCGGGUAACCUGGCGCACGUCGAGCAGGUGGGGCCGGCCGGGGCGGGGGGCGGCGCGGCGGCCUGGGGCGCCGCCCUCCCCGCCGCCGACUACGAGUUCAACGUCUGGACGCGGCCCGACUGCGCCCACACCGAGUAUGAGAACGGCAACAGGUCCUGGUUCUACUUCAGCGUGCGGGGGGGAGCUCCGGGGAAGCUGAUCAAGCUGCACAUCCUGAACAUGAACAAGCAGAGCCGGCUGUACUCCCAGGGCAUGUCCCCCUUCGUGCGGACCCUGCCCAUGCGGCCCCGCUGGGAGCGCAUCCGUGAGCGGCCCAGCUUCGAGAUGGUGGAGACACAGUUUGUGCUGUCCUUCGUGCACCGCUUCCUGGAGCACCGCGGUGCCACCACCUACUUUGCCUUCUGCUACCCCUUCUCCUACACGGAGUGCCAGGAGAUGCUGGCGCAGCUGGACUGCCGCUUCCAGGAGUGCAGGCACAUGUCUCCCAGCAGCCCCCUCGACUCUGUCUAUUACCACCGGGAGCUGCUCUGCCACUCCCUGGACAAGCUGCGGGUGGACCUGCUCACCGUCACCUCGUGCCACGGCAUGCUGGAGAAGCGGGAGCCCCGGCUGGACAAGCUCUUCCCAGACACAGCCACUCCGCGGCCACGCCGCUUUGCAGGGAAGAGGGUGUUCUUCCUCAGCAGCAGAGUCCACCCGGGAGAAACACCCUCUAGCUUCGUCUUUAAUGGCUUCCUGGACUUCAUCCUUCGGGAGGAGGACCCCCGCGCCCAGAUGCUGCGGCGGAUGUUCGUCUUUAAGCUCAUUCCCAUGCUGAACCCCGACGGGGUGGUGCGGGGCCACUAUCGAACUGACUCCCGUGGGGUAAACCUGAACCGCCAGUAUCUCAACCCUGACGCCGAGCUGCACCCUGCGGUGUACGGGGCCAAAGCUGUCCUCCUCUACCACCACGUUCACAGCCGCGUCCUGCCAGGCUCUCCCGACUGGAGGACAUACGUCUCGCCGCUCGGCACCAGCUCGCUAAGCACAAAAUCCUCCAACCAUUCCGUCCGCAGCAGCGCCCCGUCCCCGGAGGCAGCCCUCUCGGAGCUGGAGAAAGCCAAUAACCUCCGCAACUCGCCCAGCACCUGGCGUGCCAGCACGUACUUCAGCCCUUCUCAGGAACCCCGGCUCUCGGGAACACCUGCCGCCGAGCUGGGCAGCAAGGACCAAGCUGUCUGGAUCCUCCCUUCGAGCCACGCCGCAGAGCACUGUGAGGAGGAAGCCAGGAGGCCUCCACCAGCACCUCUCCCCGAAACCAUCCUACCCCAGGACAGCGGGCUGGCCUACUAUGUCGAUCUCCACGGGCAUGCCUCCAAACGCGGCUGCUUCAUGUAUGGCAACAGUUUCAGUGAUGAAAACGAUCAGGUGGAGAACAUGCUGUUCCCCAAACUCAUCUCCUUAAACUCACCUCACUUUGACUUCAUGGGCUGUAACUUCUCAGAGAAGAACAUGUAUGCCAAAGACAAGCGGGAUGGGCAGUCGAAGGAGGGCAGCGGGCGAGUUGCCGUCUACAAAGCCUUGGGGAUCAUCCACAGCUACACGCUGGAGUGCAACUACAACACAGGGCGCUCGGUGAACAGCAUCCCCGUGGCCUGCCACGACAACGGGCGGGCCAGCCCGCCGCCCCCUCCCGCCUUCCCCUCCAAAUACACCGUGGAGCUGUUUGAGCAGGUCGGGAGAGCCUUGGCUGUGGCAGCACUGGACAUGGCGGAGUGCAACCCCUGGCCCCGAAUCGUCCUGUCGGAGCACAGCUGCCUCAGCAACCUGCGGGCCUGGAUGCUGAAGCACGUGCGCGGGAUGAAGGGCACAGGCGGGGGCCCGCGGCGGAGAGGAGGUGCCAGGACCCCCCCCAGGAGCUCCACCGGGCUCCCCACCUCGGCCUCUGAUAAUGCCCUGUCCCGCAUGAGGAGCUUCAGCAACGGCACCAGCGGGAGCGGCAGCAGCCAGCAGGACUCGCCACAGAUAAAAGCCUCCCCCAGCUUCACCUUCAGCUGCAGCAGACCCUCGGGUCCGGCCACGGCGAGCCAGAGUCCUCAGAAAGGCAGCACCAGAGUCCCGGCACCGGGCAGAGUGGUUUUGCGUGGAAGAAGUGCGUGUGAACGGCCGCCCCGUCCCCUCGGAAGGGCCCUGGAUGCCGUGCUCAGCUCUGUGCUCCGUCCUGAGCAGAGCGGCCCUGGCUGGUCCGGGACAGGCGCCGCAUGGCACCCGCUGCGCAGCAUUCGGUGGUGGCACAUGACUCCGGUCAUGGCGAGGCAGGCUGGCAGAGCUGUAGUUAGUCACCAGGGGCUUUGAACACACGGCAAGUCCUGUCUGGUGGGGAUGGCUCGCAGCACCAAGCUGCCAAGCCGCCUGUACGGCCAGGAGAAAGGCCCCGGCUUAGCACCCUGCCGCCAGCUCCCGGUGAGCCCUGUGGCUGCACCGUGCCCUGGCAGCAGGGGCUGCCAAAACGAGGCGAGGCGCUCGCUGUGCCCCCUGCACUGGCCUCCUCGCUGCCGGGCAGGGGGCUCAGUGCCGUGGCAGGGCGGGCAGUGCUGCUCCAGGCCCUUUGGGAGUCUGGUGCUGAUGCCGGCUGGUCGAUGCUGGGGGAAGCCCCAGUGCCCCGUGCUACCCCAUGGGCCGGUCCCACAGGCCCCCAGCUGAGGAAACGGGGCUGGACAGAUCCGAUGCGGGGCUCCGGGCCCCGUGAGCACCAUGAUCAGAAGUGCCCAAAGAAGGGAGGUGUGCGAGCAAGGGCCCGCGUUCAGGGUGGAGGGGGCUGCCGGUGUGACUCUGGGUGUGACUCUGAAGCUGUCGUUGUGUCAAGGCUCUGUGUACUGGCGCUGCUCUCGGGAGAGAUUGCUGCGUUUCCGACUGUCGGCUUCUUUCUCGUGCUCCGCCUGUGUUUCUUGCGUUGCUUGGUCCUCCGUGUUUGCUUUCCAGCACUUUGUAGUGACUGUUUCUCAUCUGCCACGAGAAUGUGGCAGGGAGGAAAUAAAAGGCUGAUGUUCUCAUGG